GUCACUGGUCACGGGAUUUAGCGCCAUAUUGUAGAGGGUGUUUGUUUUCUGUACCCAGUUACCCUACUCGAACAGAGCUAUUUAAUCAAUCAAAGGAAUUCCUUUAAUAUUUAGGGCUUGGGCCUUUGGAGUUGUUUGAGAAGAUAUAGAAAAGUAGUGCAGGCAUAUGUGAAACAGUUCAACAGCUAGUUUCUUGCAUUUUUAACUACUAUCAUUUGGAAGCUUAAAGAUUUCUAACAUCAGCCUGAGAGAUUACAUCUAGAUAAGACUGAAAACAAUGGCAUCCAGAAAGAAGGUGCUGUUGAAGGUUAUCAUAUUAGGGGAUAGUGGUGUUGGCAAGACAUCAUUAAUGAAUCAGUAUGUUGCCAAAAAAUUCAGCAACCAAUAUAAAGCAACAAUAGGAGCAGAUUUCCUUACCAAAGAGGUGAUGGUUGAUGACAGAAUAGUAACAAUGCAGAUCUGGGACACAGCAGGUCAAGAAAGAUUUCAGUCUCUUGGUGUAGCCUUUUAUCGUGGGGCAGACGGAUGUGUACUUGUCUUUGAUGUUACUAUGCCUAACACAUUUCGCUCACUAGACAGCUGGAGAGAUGAGUUUCUUAUUCAAGCUUCACCUAGAGACCCUGAAAACUUUCCUUUUGUUGUUAUUGGAAACAAAAUUGACUUGGAAAACCGAUCAGUUUCAGCACGAAGGGCCCAGGGCUGGUGUCACAGUAAAGGAGACAUUCCUUAUUUUGAAACGUCAGCUAAAGAAGCUAUUAAUGUAGAGCAAGCUUUCCAGGCAGUUGCCAAAAAUGCUAUGGCCCAGGAAACAGAUGUUGAAUUGUGCAGUGAUUUUCCAGACCCGAUCAAACUUAAAGAUGACCCAACUAAAAAUAGUAAAGAAGGUUGCGCAUGUUAAAGAUCAGUAACAAUAGUUUCAGUCACAAGUUUGUUGAUGUCUUCUGUUGUUUUUAUUAGGCAGAAUUGUUAGGGUCUGUAAUGUUUUUUUUUAUUUACUAAAGAUAUUCUUAAAAAUUCAGUAAUUUAUUAUAUUUGAAAUAUGGAAAAUUUUGACAGAAUUUAUAAUAGCUCUUGUUUUUGUGUGAUUGGACAAUGGUAAAACUUCCAUUCUUUUGUUUUAGAAUGUUAAAGCUCAGCUCACGAUUAAUAUGUAAUUUAAACAGUGAGUUAUUAGUCAUCAUUCUACUUUUGUGUUAUUUUUACCCGUAUCCUUUCAAAUGUGAUCCGAAGAGCAUUUUCCUACUGUAUGUGUAUGUAGUUUCUUUUCUUCCCUCAUCUUUAUAUGUUUAAUAGGUUUGUAUGUGUACAUAAACUUCAUUUUUCUGCAAGAUUUUGGAAAACUGUUAUUAUUGGUCUAUUGUAAAAACAAUUCUUCAGUCAAACCUAGCUUAGCAUAUAUACUUUUGUUUUCAGCCAUUACUUGCUUUAAAAGUUGCCUAUUAUAAUUGAAUCAGAUGGUUAAAACUUCCCUUCCUCCAUUCAUAAUAACUUUAUACAUAAAUUUUUUCCAUUUAUAAUUAUAGUGAAUUUUUUCAUAAAACUAUUCAUUUCGAAAGUGGAUUUAUAUUGUUUUCUUGUCAAUACAUAUUCUCUUUCUUUUGAAUAGAUGUGUUUUCCAUUUGUUGUUUAAUAUCAUGGAAUUAACAUGUACAUUAAGUGGAUGUUAGUUCAUUCUUACAUUUUGUUUACUUGUCCACAUUUUAAUUGGUUAGUAAAGGACACCUCCUCUUACUAAACAUAUAUAUUUAACUGCUUUGUGGAUAAACAAAACCUAAUAAUGUCAUGUUUAAUGUGUGAGAGAACAAAGAUUUAAUGAAUGCUUUUUUUGGAGCUUGAUGCUGAAUGUUAAUAACAGUUAUGCUAUGUCACCUUCUAAUCUAUGAAUUUUCUCAUGUGCAAGUUUUAUUUAUUUUAUUUUCUUGAAUGCUGUGUUUGAUAUAACGUCUACUAGUUAACAUGUAUGUGAACCGGUAUGCUUGAAAGCUUGGUUCUGAUUUAGUGAUAUUUUAUGGUUUGAAGAUUGAUAAAAGAUUAGCUUUGAUUAUGCAUUGUCAUUGGAUUGUUUCUGUUGCACAUUCAUCAAGAUGGUUGAUAUUUCAUAUGACAGCGUAGUCUUGUUGUUUUUGUUUUGUAAGAAAUCUGUUUUAAGAGCGGAGUUUUUCUAGUGUUUCAUGCUGGUUCAUUAUCUUCUAAGCACAGUGAACAUGUUUUUAAGCUACAUGUUUGUAUCUUUAAAGUAGUUAAUUACCAGUUAAACCGUCAGUAAUGUGAUUAAAUAACACACAUGUAAAGAG